CAGCUAGAGCUCUCAUCGGGCUACGUCCUACGAUCUGACUGUCAGGAACAGAUCUCGGCGAUGGGUAGUCGGUAUAAAAGAAACAGAGCAUCUUCAGAUUCACGUCGUAUUCGCGUGGUAUCUACAUCGAACAGCAUUCGCUGCCACUUCAACCUCUACUGCAAAUCGCCACUUCCGACUACUCCAAAGACAUCUAAAUCAAUGGCUAAUUACGUGAGGUUUGCUGUCAUUGUCGCUAUUAUCAUCGGAAUCGUUCGUGGAGAGGAGUCCAGUGAGCUCGAGGAUAUCGACAGAAAUAUUCUAAAAUUGAAUCUUCCCUACGGCAGAAGAUUGGAUAACGAAUUGGAGCUGGUCAGAUUGAUGUUAGUGGCACCGCGAUUAUGUCAUCCCAAACGUAAUUCCGAGCUUAUAAACUCGCUAUUGGGUCUACCGAAAAAUAUGCAUAAUGCUGGGAAACGCAAAUUAUCCACCAAAGAAUAUAUACGAAAACGAAACAUUUGAGAAAAUCAAACAGGAUUUAUCAGUAAUGUUCCUAGAAACAUGGAUCUUGUAUAAAAUGAAUCAAUAUUAAUAAAUGUAA